AAAGGCAGCCCUGCCAAGCCAAAGGACCAAAGGUGGAGCUAGCAGAGUGAGCUUUCUACUACCAAUGCGUCCACAUCAUGCAUGAGGGGUCCAAAAGCUGACAAAACAAAAGUACUUGGCGUGCGUGCUGCAUCAACCUGCUACCUGCUCUCUUUCCUUGGCCCAUGCGCACACCGGAGCAUGGGUAUACCUUAUCCAUGGCGAGAUCCCCUUCUACUCCAUCACCACGACUAGUCGAGCUCGAGUAUGAUAUAUCCCUUUCACCCCAUUCCCUUUAGCCCCUUUUGAUACCUCAAAGGCAGGGGAGGGGUCUCUCCAUUCUCCAUUGCUGCUUCGCUCUCCUCUGCUCCAUUGCUUCCGAGUCUCCACUCCACUCCCUCCCAUCUCCUCCCAAGUCUUCUCCUUCCCCCCUUUGCCACCGUUUUGGUGAACCACCUUCUCAACCAAUCCAAGCAAAACCAGCACCACCAUUGGCAUCGCCACUGCCACAGCACCUCCUCUUCUUAACCUCCAUGUAUGCUGCAUGCCACGGCAUCAGCACGACUCGCCAGUCACCUCCACCGCCAUGGCCGGCAAUGGCGCGCCUCGCCUUCUCCGGCUCCCUACUGCUGCCACCUCGUUGCCGCUACUGCGGCUAGCAGUGCUGCUACAACUGCUGUGCCUCGCCUCGGCGCUUAACCAGGACGGCACACUGCUCCUCUCCUUCAAGCUCUCGCUCGCCGACGACCCGCUCGGCUCCCUCUCCGGCUGGGGCUACACCGACGCUACGCCCUGCGCGUGGAACGGCGUCGUCUGCUCGCCGGACUCGCGGGUCGUCAGCGUCGUCCUCCCCAACGCGCAGCUCGUCGGCCCCGUGGCCAAGGAGCUCGGACUCAUUGAGCACCUCCGACACCUUGACCUCUCCGGGAACGCGCUCAACGGCACCAUCCCGCCCGAGCUGCUCCGCGCGCCGGAGCUCCGAGUGCUCUCGCUUGCCGGCAAUGGCAUUACCGGCGACCUGCUGGAGCAGGUCGGCCAGCUGCGCAGCCUCCGCGCGCUCAACCUUGCUGGCAACGCGCUCUCCGGCGCCGUUCCGCAGAACCUCACCCUGCUCCCCAACCUCACCGCCGUCUCGCUCGCCAACAACUUCUUCUCCGGCUCGCUCCCCGGCGGGGGUUUCCCGGCGCUUCAGAUACUCGACGUCAGCGCCAACAUGCUCAACGGCACGCUGCCGUCGGACUUUGGCGGUGCCGCGCUGCGAUACGUGAACCUGUCGUCCAACCGCAUCGCAGGCGCCAUACCGCCGGAGAUGGCGUCGAACCUGCCGGUCAAUGUCACCAUCGACCUCUCCUACAACAACCUCACUGGCGUCAUCCCGGCGGUGCCACCGUUCUCGGUGCAGAGGCCCACGGCGUUCGAGGGGAACGUCGAGCUCUGCGGGAAGCCGCUGGACAGCCUCUGCGCCUUCACGUCUUCCUCCGCCGUGGAACCCCCAAACGGCCCCGCGAAGUCGCCGCCGGCCAUCGCGGCGAUACCGAGGGACCCGACCGAGGCGCUUCCUGGCGAUGACACCAGCAGUGCCGCCGGAGCGUCGGCGUCGGGCGAGCAGCGCGGCCGGAUGCGCCUUGCUACCAUCGUCGCCAUCGCCGCUGGCGACGUGGCUGGCAUCGCCGUCCUCUUCGUGGUGGUCCUGUACGUGUACCAGGUGAGGAAGAGGAGGCAGCGUCAGGAGGUGGCGAAGCAGAGGAUGGGCGUCGUGUUCAAGAAACCGGAGCCGGAUGAGUCGCCGGACACCGUCUGCCGGAGCCUGUCCUGCUGCCUGCGUAAGAAGGCCGGCGACGACAGCGACGACACGGAGGAGAUCACGGACGAGGCCUCCUUCGCCACCAAGGAAGGCAUCACAGAAAAGAACAGCAAGGAAGGAGUCGAAGCGGCGAGCAAGAAGAUGGGCGGCGACGGCGCGGUGCUGGUGACGGUGGACGGCGGCGCGGAGCUGGAGCUGGAGACGCUGCUGAAGGCCUCGGCGUACAUCCUGGGCGCGGCCGGCGGCAGCAUCGUGUACAAGGCCGUGCUGGCCGACGGCGCGGCGCUGGCGGUGCGGCGGAUCGGCAGCGACGACGCCGGCGUGCGGCGAUUCAGCGAGCUAGACGCGCAGAUGCGCGCCGUGGCGAAGCUGCGGCACGGCAACAUCCUCCGUCUGCGCGGCUUCUACUGGGGCCCCGACGAAAUGCUCAUCAUCCACGAGUUCGCCGUCAACGGCAACCUCGCCAACCUCUCCGUGAAAAGGAAGCCGGGGUCGUCGCCGAUCAACCUCGGGUGGAGCAAGCGGCUCCGCAUCGCGCGCGGCGUGGCGAGAGGCCUCGCGUACCUGCACGACAAGAAGUGGGUGCACGGCAACGUGAAGCCGAGCAACAUCCUGCUGGACGCGGACAUGGAGCCGCUGCUCGCCGACCUCGGCGUCGACCGGCUGGUCCGCGGCGCGGGCGCCGGGCACAAGCCAUCGUCGGCGGCGGCGUCGGCGCUGGCGGGGCGGUUCGGGAGCAAGCGCUCGGCGAAGAGCCUCCCCGACCUGUCGCCGCCGCCGAGCCACGCGGGCGGGCCGCCAGCAAGCCCGCUCCCCUCCGGCGCUCCCGCCGCCGGCGACACUGCGGCGCACUACCGGGCGCCGGAGGCCGUGCGGAGCCCGAAGCCGAGCGCCAAGUGGGACGUGUACUCCUUCGGCGUGCUGGUGCUGGAGCUGGUGGCCGGGCGCGCGCUGACGAGCGUGGAGCUGUGCCAGUGCGCGGCGGACGAGAAGGCGCAGGCGCAGGCCCUCCGGCUGGCGGACCCCGCGCUCCGCGACGAGGUGGAAGGGCGGGAGGAGGCGGUGGCGAGCUGCCUCCGGCUGGGCGCCGCCUGCUGCGCCAUGGCGCCUGGCAAGAGGCCGUCCAUCCGGGACGCGCUGCAGGCCAUCGAGAGGAUACCUGCCCUGGCUGCCGCGUCCUCCUCGUCGUCCUGCUCCACGGCGGCGCAUCGGUGAAGAGAAUCUUGGUCGUGACGACGGUUGUGAUCUGUGAUCCUGUGAAGGCGAGAAUUGGUCGUUGUUGAUGCGUGUUUUUCGUCUCUUCUCGUUCUCUGUACCAUACCACAAAUUCACGGUUUUGUAAGCCCAGAUCCUGAAAGGAAUCGGUUUGCAUUGCAUCUCAUUCAUGCUACUACUCGGUGUCAGCCAGGUAAAGGCUAAACAGUCCGUCACCUGCUGUUUAGCUAUUUAUUUGGAUAUUUAAAUGGUUAUUAAACGGAAUAAACGGCUGAUUAAUAGACA